CUUCGCUGUCGAUCUAUUUAACUCGACCUGGAUCAACGUCGGUCGGUGUCAUCACAUCGUUUCCUCAAUCUACAAACCCAGACGACCUGAUCGUUGUUAUUCGCGAUUUUAACGCCGAAGUCAUUUGGAAACUGCGGAUGCCACUCAGUUCGUCAUUAUUUUCAUCUCGGAGUGUCACCUUGCGUUUGUGCCGUUGCCUCCACAACUUCAUUACGUCAUUUGUGGGGAUCGAGGUGUCAGAAUGAAUUGUACUCUUGGCUGGUAAGAUGAUUCAUAAGAGAAAAAACUUCAGACAGAUUCCAGACAAAAGCAACAUCGUUAACAUAGAACUACCAACAAUGACAUGUUUGACAAAGAUAACUUUUAAUCAGACCAAAUGACUACAGGCGAAACGGAUUUAAUAGGAUUUAAUCAAUUGGACAACAGAUAGCAGCAUUGUGAAAUAUUCAAGCCUUGAGAUGGAGUUGGAACGGCAUGAAGUCACAGAGGAAGAGACCUUCUCAAAGGGUGGCCAGGACAAUCCAGAAGACAAAAAGAGCCAGGGUCACACUUGUGAACUAUGUGGAAGAAGCUUUCCAUUCCUCAGCUCCUUGUCCCAGCACAUGAGAAAGCACACAGGGGAGAAACCGUACAAGUGCCCCCACUGUGAGCACCGCUCGGCACAGAAGGGUAGCUUGAAGGUGCACAUUCGCAGCCACAAACUUGACGGUCUUAGCCAGAAUGCUGGCGGUGAGGAAGAAGACGUGGACGAGGAAGGGGAGAAGGAAGGAGGGGUACCGGAAGAUCAAGGUGGUUGUUCAAGCCCAACUGAGAGCACCUCGGCCUGUAACAAGGUAGUCAGCAGUGAAGAUGAGUCUAAAACUAGGAAGAAAAGUGUGAAGAAGGAAAGGACAUCUUGCGAGAAUGGCAAAAAUCCAAUGCAAUGCUCUCUGUGCAGGAAGAGACUGCCCAGCCAAGCAGAUCUCGAAGAGCAUAUGCAGGAGUUUCACAAGGUCUUCCGAUGUGAACUGUGCCCUUACGAGGCCUUGCAUGAGGACCGACUGCGAGCACACAUUGAGAUUGUACACCCCAUCGAAGAAGACUCCAUCACCAAAGAAGCCCCUACCAGCGAGGAGUCUGAGAGUGGACUAUGUAAAGGGGAGUUUCCAUGUGAACAAUGUGACCAGGUGUUUGCUCAAGCUUGUUUUCUGAAAGCACACAUAAAGAAGCAUCAGAACAGCCAAGAUCAUGGGUGCCGGAUCUGCGGACGGCGUUUUCGUGAGCCCUGGUUCCUUCGUAGCCAUAUGAAGACCCACAACACCAAGUUAAAACCAAAGAGUGACACUUUCCAUCCUGCUAUGGUCAAUGAGGUAGCACAGGAGGAGUCAAACUUGGUGAGCGAAGUGUGUCUGUAUGAACUCUGUGCCAAUUGUGGUAACUUCUUUCAUGACCGCAAGAGCCUGCUAUUGCAUGAGCAGGUCCACAGAAAUGUUGAACAGGCUCCUAACAAUGCAAUGUACAUUGAAAAGGACUUUUCGUCAGUCUCCAAGACAAGCUUCUUGGGGUGUCUAAAUUUGAAACCAGCAGGAAAAGAGCAGAACCCUAUUGAGGGUAUUCUAGGCAAAAGAAUUCCAGAGUUGGAUCCAGUAAGUAGCUACCAAGCUUGGCAGCUAGCCACCAGAGGCAAAGUGGUGGAGGUAUCAGAGAAAAGCCUGGGCUGGGAGGAGAGGUUAGCGGAUGCAGAUGUGGCAUAUGACAGGGAAAAGGGUGAGUAUGUCCUGAUAAGACAGGACAGGCGAAAGAAACAGCUAGAGUCCUCUUCGAGUAUCCCAACCAAGAAACGUAGAGUUUCUGGAAUCAAUAGCUCCAACACUGAACACCACAGCAAUGGGGAAAGGAACAGUCCGGCCUCAACGGGUGAACGAAGUCCAGAGAAUCUGUGUGAUACUGAGUAUCGCCCUAUUCCUCGGCCCAGCCGGAAGAAUUCCCAAAAAACCUCAGAGUGCUUGGAGUGCGGGAAGGGUUUCCGCACACAGCAACAGAUGGUCAUCCACAUGCUCAUCAGACAUGGUGGCAUGGGUGAAACCAUUGGCGGAAAUGGACUGUUCCAUAAACAAGUGUCCAGUCCAUCUAAAACAGGGGAAUCUGCAGGACACUUCAGGGAUCAAAAACACACAGGGUCUUCUGGGAACACAGAUAAAAAGCCAUACACCUGUGACCACUGUGAUUUUUGCACUUCAGAGCCCUCGGCCAUCGCUGCCCACAUCCAAACCCAUAAUUUUGUGAUCAGGGACUGGGGUCAGAGGAGUGAUGUCUUAACCAGCUCACUCAGCCAAAGCCAAACUCAACAAACCAUCAACACAGGCUUACCCAGGUUGAGAAAUGCCCUGCUACAGCAGCCUUACUGGCCCUACACCACCUCGACUCACCUGGAGAGGGCAGCACUAAGCUGUGCUGCUUCGUCUGCUCCUAAGAAUGAGGAUGGAAAGAACAAAGGUGCGGAAGAGAGUAGCUCCACUGAUAAUGUGGAUUCUAAUCUGCUUAACCUCACCAUGGAGGUGGAUAACGAGAAGGAAGUGGUUUCAUCUGCAGUUUUGAACAAUUUGCUGAAGCACCCAUGCCCUUAUUGCUCCUAUGCAACACUCUAUCUAGAAGUUCUCUGGAUCCACCAACGAAUUGCACACAAAGUUGACAGCACUACAUUGGUGCCUAAGUGGGCCCCAAGAAAUGGCCUUAAGGGGCCCAAAUCACUUCUUGAUUUCAAGAGACGUACUGGGCCACCUCCAUUUCUGGAGGGUAAGGACUGUCCCUCUCUGCCACAUACGAGAACCUCCCGAACAAGUCCACCUGAUUCCAGCCCUGGAUGUACAAAGAAAUCAAAAUCUCUGAAAAGUAGUGUAGAGUCCAGCUCCUCACAAAACAAGAGCUGGCACACAGCCACAGCUCCAGGGACAUCGUCUCUCUUGUCCAAACACAAAACCAGCAAAUCCAGGACAGAUGAAUUGGCAGGCAGCAAACGCAAAGUAGACGUCCAUCAAAAAAGUUCCACUCGGCCCAUUUCUGCAAGUCCGCAGAAGACCGGAAAACCAAAGACAGGGAGCAGAGUGAUGGAGAGUAGACUUCUACCUCAAGAAGGACUUCAUUUUAUGCUCUCUAGCAAACACAACCUCAGUGAUCAGAGGAGAUCCAAAGCCCAAUCUCCUCAAACCCCCGGGAGAUCUGAUUCUCAAGCUCAGGAUACACAGUCCUUGGUAGGGUACGACCCCUGGAGCAAACUUGGUUUGAGUGGACCAUCUUCUCACUCUCAGUCCAAGAGGCAGUCAUCAUCUGACAGUCCAGAAGCUGUGACUGACAUCUUGAGUUUCUUAAAGAACUGCAGUCCUCAUGAUCUGUCAGCGCUCUACCACCACUGGGGCUUCAGCAACGCCAUGGUAGAGCAAACAGGGAUGGUGAGGUCAGGGUCUCAGCAAGGGGAGUAUGUGUGUCCCGUCUGUAAGAAGACCUUCAACCAGCCUAGCCAUUACCGCACACACAUGAGAUCCCACACAGGUGAGCGACCCUUCCAGUGCCGAUAUUGUCCUUACAGCGCCUCGCAGAAAGGCAACCUGAAGACCCAUGUCCAGACCGUGCACUGUCUAGCCUUUGAUAAUGCGCAGUAUCCUGAUAGGAGACUCCGCCACGCCCCUACCAAUGAACCCACGGACUCCACCAGCCAUGGACCAUCUCAUUGAGCUUUCACCCCCCCCAACAAGUUCAACAAAGGGUUGAAGACUACUACAUGGGUUAUUCAAGGUUCCUUAAAGUCCAUGAAGAACUGUUUCUAGCAGUAUGAUGCAUGAGUACAUUCAGAUGUGCUUCACGAGACGUGUGUGUGGCCCGCGUAGACCUUCGUUGAUUUCCCAUAGGAAUUAAAAAAAAAUUUUGGCUACGGAUUCGUUCAUUUGUGUUUUUAGUUUGACUUUUCUAUGUAUAUCUGUUUUUAUUUUAAUCUGACAUGAAGUUCUAGAUUAAACCGAGAGGGCCACAAAUGACGCAAAACAGACUAAACUGCAUCAACGAACAUGUUUGCAACUUGUUAACACCUCCCUAAUUGAGGGCUAUAUCCUCAGCAAAACAAGGUCAGAGCUGAUUUGAUAGUGACCUGUUUUUUCAAACCCAAGGACUUCUGCUGAUCCCCUAAACUUGAAAUGCUGCCUCUGAAUACCCUGAAUGAAAAGUUGUUUGGGUGGAAGUUCAUCCAAAAAUUUUAAAUAAAAAUUCUGUCAUAAUUUUCUCACCCUGCUGUUGUUCAAAACUUAUGUCAUUCUUUAAGCUGCGGAACACAAAAGGACACAUUUUUAAGGAUGUCUUUUAUUUCAAUACAAAAUACAGUUGACAUAGACUCACUUUAAAGCUCACAAAGUGACCCAAAAGUCUCAUAAAAGUAGAAAAGCUUAAGUGAAAAGUGAAAUCAAAUAUACGAAGGUUUAGUAAAAGAAGGCGUUUUAACCACUCAACAAUGAUUUUUAGGCAGAUAUGCAGUGGAUAAUGUGUCAUUUACCAUGUUUACAUACUGUAUUCAUGGCGUUAAUGCUAAUGCUAACCAGCUUUAUUUGGCCUUAAUAUACACAGGUUAUCAUUAGGCUAUAUUGAUUAGGGAUAUUGAUACAGAUUUCCCGAUUCAAUUACGAUUCAUAAGCUUUUGAUUACAAUUUCAAUUCGAUUCAAUAUCGAUUCAUAUAGGUUUAUUUCAGUUAAAAUGUCCCUUUUGCUAACAUAUGAAAGAAUUCAUCUCUCAGAUAAUGCUGUUGAUUAUACAGUGGAUCUUUUAACAAGGUGCACAAUGAAAAUAUUAAUUGUACUAAUUAUAUAUUUCUAUUUGUUUUAAUCAUUUUGGUCACACUUUAACUUUUAAAAGUACACAUAUCCAUGUAUUCAAGCAAUAAAUAUGAUAAUAUAUUGCAUAUAUUAUUUUUUGUUACAGUUUUAUUGUUUAAUAAAAUAGUUUGUACUAUUUACAGGUAUUUACAUUGAUUUGUUGAACACGUGUUAAAAACCAAUACUGUCUCUUUAAGAAAGACGGUAUUUUUUUAAAGUGUCUAUAAAUGAGCACGUGUUAACGAGAGACUCAAAUCACUUUAUCUCGUCUGUCCUAUGAGUGAUUAAAAUAAAAUGUUUCUUUUUUGUUGUUUUUGAUAAACAACAAAAAUCUUUUAUUUCUGUAAAGAACAGAAAGGGUAUUUAAAUAGACAUUAUUUCAUGACAAUGUGGAUCUCGUCUUUGGACACACAUUAAACAGAACUACUUUUACUCUCAACACGCAGUGAAGGGAUCUAACUGCUGAAUACUCCACCACUUUAGUACACAAUCACUGUUAAGUGAAAUCUGAACAUUGACCAGCCAGUUGUCAAUUUUAGUUGCAUAGCAUGAAAUUUGGUUGCUAAUGAGAGUGAUUUCCUCUCAUUGUAGUGGAGAGUUGUGCAUAGAGUAAAAGGUCGAUCUUGUGUUAAGUAUCUAUAUCAAGAACGUUCAAACGAAGAUUAAUUGGAAAAUCAAUAUUAUUAGCCACCCCUAGUUACCAUAUUUGAUUGUAUUUUAUGAGUAUUUUGUUUUAAAGGAUUCAUGAAAAACUUUUAUUAUACUAGAAAGAUAUUAAAGCUCUGCACUCCAGUGUGUCUACUGAUUUUGACUGAAUGAAGUAACUAACCCAGAAAAAGAGGUUGGCUUCAAAGUAGUUGGAGCACCCUGUCACACCCAUCAAUUACAUUGACCAAUGGCAGUAAAAUGUGUUAAACAGCCAGUACGAAGUUUUCCUGCAACAAACUCAAAAACACCAGCAAUCUUUUUGCCAAGAUUUAGUUUUAAAUGAUGUCACACCUGUUCUUUCUUUGAUUUCGCUAGAAGUAUACUGGCGCCUUGACAUGCAAGUCAUAUGGACUAUGUUUAUGACACUUUUAUUUGAGUCAGUUUUUAAACUUUAAAGUGAGUCAUGAUCAGCUGCCAUUUGUAUUAAAAUCCGCAAAUGGGACAUCCUUUAAAAUUCCUUCUGUGUGCCACAGAAGAAUGAAAGACCUACAAGUUUGAAAUGGCACGAGGGUGAGUAAAUGACAGAAUUGAGAUUUUUGGGGGAACUAUUCCUUUAUUGAAUAGCCUUAGUGUGCAGUGUGUGUGUGUGUGUGUGUGUGUGUGUGUGUGUGUGUGUGUGUGUGUGUGUGUGUGUGUGUGUGUGUGUGUGUGUGUGUGUGUGUGUGUGUGUGAUUGUGUUUUCCACAUUCUACUUCUCAGGACUUGAGUGAGACACAAUUCCAAAGCCUGUAUUCAUUUACAACAUUCAUUUACAACCUGUGCAUAACUGCACAAAGAUGAGACAUGCAGUGAAAUUUAGUGCUUAGUUUUGAGUUUGCUUAUUAUAGAGGAGUGUGUUUUGUCACAGGUUGGACAAACACUUGGCGAAUCUAAAUAUGUCAUUAGCAUUUUGUACCCCGGAUUUAAGUAUUUAUGUGCAGCUGUAAUGCUACUGUUAAUGUUAAUGUAGGUUUCCACUUGCAUUGAGUGACAUGUUCAGUUACAUAUGUGACAGUGUUUCAGAAAUCAUCUCUCUGGAGAGUUUAAAGUAAAGAGACAUGCCGUAUUAUGCAUUAGUCAUCUGUUUGGUCCAACAAUUAAGGAAUAUUAUGUGUCUAUGCGUUUAAUUUUUGAUGUAGCUUAAACAAGUUUUUAAUGUGUUUCCCUUUUUUCCAUUUAACAUGUUUGCCUCAAUAAGUGGAUUCUGAAUUAUAGUAUCCCAAAAGAGAAAGAAAAAUAAGUUGAUUUAAUGAUGCAUAAGGUCUUAAAGCCAUGUUACAAUGCUUAAGUUUUUUGAUGAAGGAUCUGUUUGUAUUUUCUGUAUAAUCAUUUAAUUUAUUACAUAAUUACAUUAUAGAGAGACUAGUAAUUAGUGCAAAACUAGAUUGGGGGAUAUUGUGUUUUAUAAUGUUACUUAUAAAGCUUUAGAAUGCCAUAUUGUUUAGAGGUUGAAUACUUAAAUCAUAGUCAUUCUUGGCAAUAUAUUUCUAUGGAUGUUGUAUAUGGCAAUUAUGAUUAUUACAGAUAUAGUCACGCACACCUGUGUACAUUUAAAUACAUUCAUAUAUGUACAACAGUCAAAAAUGGAUGUUCAUCUAAAGCAUUUAUAUUGCCUAAAGCAAUGUUUCGGAUACAAAGCCAAGAAAUCUGAUCCUAUUUUAUGGAAUUGAGUCUCAUUUCGAAGAACUUCCGGUGUGAAUCUGUGUUGAUGUACAGCAGUCAAACUGAACUGAACUGAACAGAACCAAUACAUGUUGCAGGAUAAGCAGGGGUGACCCAGGAACUGCGAGCUAGUGAGAUACACAGUUUCACCAUUGCCAGCAAGACCUAGGAAACCUAGGAAACUCCAUAGGGGCUAAAUGUUCCUGUAAUUGGUAUCUUGCAAGUUGCAUUGAAUGGAAUGUGUCUGCUUAAUAGCAAUUUACUAACAGUGAAUCUUGGAAACAAAAAAAAGUGACACAAGAAACAUUAAUAGUUUUUCUUAAUAGUUUUUAACCAAAUUAACCCCCCCCCCCCCCAAGUAUACAAUGUUAUGAAUUCAUUUGAAAUUGGAUUGUAUUUAUUUAUGUAACACUAUUAAUUUUGUGGUUUGAGUAGUACUAGUAAUUGAAUGUAUGGCAUAUAUUUUGUGUGGUUAAAAGUUUUUUUCCCUCCAUGAUAUUUUUUUUUAUUUCAGAGCUCAAUGAAGCACACAAAACUGUUGACUUGUUCUCCUCAGAUCAUCUGCAUCUCAAUCUCACAUACAUUAUCCAUUGUUGAAGUUUUGAACUGCCUAAAUUAAACUUUACCCCUAAGUUUGGUCUAAAUGGUGUUUAUGUUGAUAUAGACAGUGGAUAAAAGGUUAGUAUAUUCUGUUGCUCAUACACAUCAUUUAAAAUAGCGUAUUACAGCUGUUGAUUAUGGGUAGUUGACAUGGAAAUACUUUUGGGAAAUGGUAUUCUCAUUCUAAAACUAUUUUAAACAGUGGUUUACUAAUUAUUCUAUCAUUGUAAUGUAUUCAGUUUUAUGGCCUCAUUAAUUUCAAAUGAAUGCAAAAAGGUUGCAGACUUAAAGAACCGGUGACCAGUCACAGCACCUAAAAUGUACACGUUCUCAUUCACAUUUAUAUAACUUUUUAGCUAAAUCUACACCUAAAUAUGGAAUGCACACAAAGCUUUAAAUAGAUUUUUAACCAUUUUGUUUUUAGAUGUUACAAAUAUUUAC